CCCCUUCAGUGUGAGCAUGACCUCUAAGGGGAAGGAAGGUUCAUGUGAGGUAAAGUACAGAACCACAAAAUAUGCUUGGAUGUCUUUCAGAAGGCAGUGAUGUUCCUUAGACAUGCACAGCUUUAAGGAAAUGGGCAACAAAGGUCUUCCAGAGGUUUGUUACAUGAUCAUUAUUCAUGAAUGAAUAAUAUUUUACACAAGUCCUAACUUUUCCCAUAAAAGCUCUUGAUGGAGGCCUCAACCUUUUUCUUAUACUUGGAACUGUGGCAGAACUGAAGAACAAUACAUGCAGGCCAUUUUCUGUCAGACGGUGACUAGUCUCUUGGCAAACUUGUAAGCACAUGUGGGUUUGUAAUUGUUGCAUAUUAGCAGUAUAUUUUCAUUUUCUCCUGUAUAACUUUUCCAAUACUUUGUAAUUCAACAAUCACAUCAUUUAAUUUUUUUAUUCUUUUCUAUACAUCAAACUGCAACAGGCUGCAGGUGGAAAUUAGAGUCUGCAGCUAAAUAUGGGUUAUUUGCAGGCUGAAAUAUUCUGGUUUACUAACAUGCAAAGAGCUUUUAAAUCAUUAUCUAUUUCAAUAAUGACAUCUCCACAAAGAUACAGGCUUUUAUGUAGUAAAAUAUAUUAGUAGGUCUUUCAAUUUAUAAUCAGAAAUUUUAAUAUGUGAUUAAGAUUGUGUAUAAAAGACUAAUACAAAUUGGUGAAUGAUUGUGAAGUGGAAGGAAAACAGUGAUACUUUACAAAUUGGAAAAAUGUACCAUACAGAGGCCAUACUUUUUGUGGAACUGCUUUUUUUCUACUUCAUAAAAAAUUCAGUACAUAUCAAGUAGGAUAGAUGAAUUAAAAAAAUAUUUUUGUUGUACAAUAUUUUAAACUGUUUGUGAAUAUUUAACAUUUUGUACUGGAGAUCAAUGUAGAUAUAAAAAAAAUUAUAUACAUGUUUGGUAAAACUCCUAGUUCAUCCAAAGAAAAUUGAGAAAAGAAACUACUUUGAAAUACAUUUCCAAGGAGUCGUUAUUUUAUGAGUCAUUAUAUGAGAGGGAGCGGGAAAGGGCUUCGCCACUAACGGGGAGAGUAGUUCUGCAAAAAGGCAAUCUUAUAAGAAGUAAAUUUUUCCCUGAACUACAAUCAGGAUUUGAAACUAAAACAUUAAACGUCUCAUUUUAAGUUAAACUGUACUGGCAGAAUUUACUUUAAAGAUAAAGGUCAUAAAGUCAUGCAGAUUUUGACAUUUAUUUAAUAUCGAGUGCUGACCAAGUAAACCAACAUAAUGAAACUUUGGCUUACUUGCUCUAAAACAUUUAGACGGUUUUUACUUUGCAGUACCUUGAGAUGACAUUUGCUGUAAUUUAGUGUCAGGCAAAGGAAAUAAGCUUAAUUGAACUAAAUCAAAAGUCUAAUGCUGAUGUAGUUGAAAUGUAAGAAAUAGGACCAAACAGAGAAUGACAUUUAACACAUUUGUUUUGUUCCCAAGUCUUUGAGUGUGACUGGUGUUGCAUGUGUUUGUUUCUUUCCCUUUACUAAUGGUAAGAAGAACAAUCUAUUCUCUGGAUUGUUUAAAAAGUCUGAUUAAUCAAAAUAUAUGUGUCUAUAUAUACUAGAGUUAACGUUUAAUCAGGUGACACUAUUUAAAGUUGUUUUUAACAGAAUGCAUGGAUUAUUUUUAAUGCAAUGCUAGAAAAUGUUUUGGUUAUAUUAAUUUGUUUUUCUGCAUAUUCUGUAUUCAGUGCCUUUAUUUAGCAGACAAAAAUGUAUACUGUUUGAAAACGUUUUUCAUGUGUUUGCAAUACAGUCACAAACUUCAAUAUAUUUUGGGGGGAUUUUGAAUGAAACACAGACACCAAGUGGAGCAUAAUUUUUGAAUGAAGAAAUGUUAUAAGUGGUUUUAAAAGUUCCUUAUAAAUUUAAAUCUGAAAAUAGAAUUAAAUUCAUCCAGUCGCCUCCAGAAUCCAUCUGGUGAGUAAAUAAUGCAUCUGUAAGGAAUGUCAUAUCAGAAUGCAUUUAUUCUGUGAAGGUCUCAGAGGUUUGUGAAAGAACAUCGAUGACCGACCAUGAGGAGAGAGAGAAAGAGAGAAAGCAUUAGUCAGGGAAUUAGCCAUGAUAUCCAUGGUAGCUCUGAAGUAGCACUGAACAUUGCUGAUUUGCACAGGACAGCAGACAACAAUGAAAAACAGUCUGGUGUAUGAAAGUUUUUAAGGUGGAAAAAGCUUUUUGGACUUGGUUUGGGGUUUUGUUUAUUUCUAUGUUUCUAAGUUUCUCUUUUACUUAGAUUAGCCAUGUUUUUGUUUAGUUCUUUCUUAGUUAUUCUAGUUUCAGUUUGUGUUCUUAUAUUUGUUGUUAUUAGAAUCCCAGGUUGUUUUGGAGUUUUAUUUAUUCAAGUCUGAUUAUUUUGUAUUCCUUAGUCUUUUCUUUGAUUAGAUAAUUCUAGUUCAGUUCUUCUUAGCGUUUCCAUAUAGGUUUAUUUCUUGUUUAUAGUUAUUCUUGAUACUUUAGUUUUAUGUUUCUUUAGGGUUAGAUGGCCAUCCUCUUCCCCUGUGUACUCUCCAGCGCCCCCUCUGCCACUUUCUCUCUCUCCGUCUCCUCAAUCUGCUUCCGGCUCCCUCCAGUCACACCUGUAAUCAGUUAUCUCAUCAGCCCAGGUCUUUUGUUCACCUUUUAACCUCCCCAGUAUUUAAGUUGCUCACUGUCAGUCACUCCUUGCCUGUUCGUCUUGUCAACUACAGUCACCUCCCGUGGAGGUGACUUCUCCACAUUCAUGACUGUGUCUCAUGUCUGGCUUUAUUUUACAUUACAUUUUUGUUUUAUUCUGGUUUCCCUGCAUUUUAAAACUUUUUCUCUUCAUUUUUUAUUGAAAUUACCACUGAACCUGCAUCUUUUGCCUAUUGUAUUUAGUUAAUAAGAAAUUCAUGAAUGUUCUGCGAGUUACACUUUACUCUCACCUCUUUGUUCUGAAGAAUGAAAUGACCACAAUGUGUAUGUGAAAUUAAACAAAGAGUGCUAUUUUCUUGCUUGCUUCAUUAGCCCUUUAACAACAUUGAUUAAAAUGGAGAAAAAAAGCCACAUGACUUAGCGCUCCUUGCAAUGCCAAGCACAUGAUUAACACAUGUGCCGGUAUGCAAUUUACGAUAAAAUGAAUUGCAUGAGUGGGUGUCUAUUCAGACUUGCAAGCACAUUUUGGAAGGAAAACUAAAACUAAAGCUAAAGCGGUUUUUGAAACCACAAGUGAACAAGAUUGGUAAUAGAUUGAUAGUAAAUUGCAAGUGUCACAUGGGAAAACUAGUAUUACCAUAUCGGUAAGUUUCAAAAGAGGUAGUGAAAAUGAGGAAAGCCCUUCUUCAUGUGGCUCUUCCCCCUUUACUAACCACAACAUUAGUUUCCCCCCAUAAGGAAUCACCCCAGGCAAGCAAAUUCUCUUGCAGUUUUCAUUCAGUUAGAAUUUAUGUAUUGAUCGUCACAAAUAGUUUAUAAGGAAGAAACUUAAUGUCUUUGUAGUUACAUUGUUUUAUUUUUGUCACUGAAAAAUUGACACUUUCAGCAAGUUUCAUCAGAACCAAUAUCUCUUUUGACAAAAUAGAAAACAUGAAUUUACCAGGCAAAUGAAUGAAUCAACAAGCCAUACAAAAUAGAAAUGGGUACAAAUUUUGCUAACAUUUAUUAAACUUUAAAAUCCCUUGUGCUUUGAGUGGAAAUACUUUCUGCAAAUAACAGGGAAACAUACAUGCAUGUUGCUGAGUAACAGAUAAGCUUGAAAUAACUUAAAAGUAGAAAUUGGCAUUAAAAACGGCAUGUUGGUCAGGUUGUGGUUAUAAUGGUUGGCACAAAAGGGAAAUUGUGCCCCUUAUUUACGUGCUCAUAAGACAGUAAUGUAUGCUGACACAACCGUACAUUGAAAAUAAGUAGUGACAAAGAAUUUAAAAUAAAAUUUACCAGCAAGAUAAGACAUGGUCAUGUCUUGACACAAGAUAUUUAGCACUGUUUGUUUUACUGUGUCAAUUAUUAUAGAUUUUAUUGAGAACAUUUAUAUAAAUUAAUUUAAUAACUGUGGGAUAAAAAAACAAACAAUCUAAUUUAAGAUUAGGAAAAAUGUAAAUAAUUCCAAGGAAUGCACAAUAUAUCAGUAUCGACACUGGUAUCAGCCCAGUAAGUAAAACUGGUCGGAUAUGUGUAUUUUAAUGUUGUUGCCAUGUUGUGUGUGUGUUUGAGAAGGAGAGUGGAGGCCAUGUGGUAUUUGUUCAGUCAUGGGACAUUUAUAGUAAUGCAGCACAGGGUUCUGGGUUGUUUAACUAAAGCAGAGACACAGUGUCCAAAGUGGAGGGAAUAUACUGUAUAUAGAUGAACUCUCUCUUUGCACAGCCUUUUUGUGUCCAUGUGACUUGCAGGAUCUUUGACACCUUCAUACAUAGAAACACAUUUAUCAGCGGUGUGAAAAAUGCACUCUGUCACCAAUUUGUUGUGCUGGAUGGCAUGAAUUAUGGAUUAUAUUUUAAUACCUUCCUUCAUGAUAUACAAAUUGGUAGCCACAUUGAAAGCUAUAGUAAAUAUAUGAUCAAUUAUUUCCCCAUCAAAUUUGAACAUAAAGAAGGAAAUUAAUUAAAACUAAUAGAAAUUGGUGACUUUUAUUAGUCCAGCAUAGUAAAACAAGUCUUUCUGUUAUAUUAACUGGAAGCUAUUAAAAAGUAAUCCAUAAUUUUACAUACGAAUAUCAAUAUAAAGUAGUGAAUCAAUAAAAAUCUUAUGAAAUCAGGUGUCUUGUUAGUCUAGUGUUCAUUAGUUCAUUCAUAGUGUUCUCUAGUUAGUCUAGUGCUCUAGUGUUCACCAUUCAGAUUUGAUUCUCAGUGUUUGAGUUACAUGGAAACUAUUGAUUUUGGGGGUCUUUUUGUUUACAUUUUUGAACCGGCUAGACUUUGUUACUAGUUCCUAAGAGAAACAUAGGUUCUGGAAUGGGUUUACAGAGUCUUGUACUGCUUUCUAUGUGACAACACCUAGCAUGAAAAGCCGUUACUGACUGUAUCAGUAUUGAUACAGUCAGUAACGGCUUUUCAUUUUACCAACAGAUCCACCGAGCCGGAAAGAAAUACGAAGCUUAGCCGGAUCCAAACUGGUUCCAGAUCAGCUCUGGUACUCCGACCUUCAUAGUUUAGAAAGCCAGUUAACAUGUUUGCCACUGUUACUAUUAUUACUUCCUCCAUGCACUCAAAUAUUCUGGUUUAACAUUUACUGUAUCAGUAAUGGCUUUACUGAUACAGUCAGUCUCCCUACAAGCGAUUCUCUCUCUUGUAGGGAAUCAAGAAAGUAAUGUCUCUCAAACAUCCAACUUAAAGCCAAAUGGAAUGCAGGAAUAAGACUGCUUUGAGCGUAAAACCGGACAAUUGGGGAGAAAGAUUAUCCAAAUAAAACUAUUUAAGAACAUAAUCAUCCAUCCACUACUCAGCUGCUCCAGGAGGAUGUCAAAUAUUCAUUGUGCCAGUCAAUUUGAGCAUGUCUGUUGAAAAACAAUAAAAACCUGGGGAUUGUCAUGAACUGAUGAAGUUCCUACACAGAAUGUGGAAAGUGGACAUGUCCAGGGAAAAGAGUCAACCUAGUCUUGAGGGCUGCUCAGGCUGUUCAAAAUGGUGGUCUUAUGUAACUCAACCAAGGAGUCACAAUUGAUUAAAACUACUUAUACUAGAAGAAGUCAACAUUUUUUAAGUGCCAUAUAAUGCUUUGUUUCUAAUAUUCAUAUAGAACAACAAUGAGAGUUUAGCAAUGUUGGCUGUUAGCUUGCUUAAUGUUUAGCUCUUUCUGUAGUGGCGGAAGUGAGUUUUACUGUGGUUUCGGCAGUAAAUGAGUCACUGAAAGUCUACUGACUCACUCUCUCAAACUGUCACUGUAAAGCUGAGCAAUGCUUUACUUUAAAUAGACAUAAGGGGUUAUAUUCUCUUUUUUCUUCUAUUUUUUUUAAAAGAAAAAAAACGGGACUUCCCCUCAUGAAGACUUGGUUUUAAUGAUCACAGAAACAGCUGGAUUAUUAAUCCAAAUGCUGCCGGGAUAGAAGUGAGCUAGCUUUAAAAAGAAACGGUAGCAUCAUUAAAUUAUGGUGUUUAACCCCUUAGCUGUCACAUCCAAAACACUAUAGGGGAAUUUUUCUGCUUGGACUCUUGGGUGGUUGGGAUUUGGUUGGGUGAACAAACUCCUGCCUAAUAUCAGAAGGCUGUUAGCAAUAAGUAGCACACUGCUAGCGGAAGUUUAGUGUAACAUGGAGCAGAAAGCUGAGGCCGUUGUUUCUCCCUGCAUCCCAGUGGGUGGCGCAGGCUGCUACAAUCGAUAGUAGUCACACAGGCACACCACAGGGGUCUCAAACUCCAGUCCUCGAGGGCCGCAGUCCUGCAGUUUUUAGAUGUGCCACAAGUACAAAACACUGGAAUGAAAUGGCUUAAUUACCUCCUCCUUGUGUAGAUCAGUUCUCCAGAGCCUUAAUGACCUAAUUAUUCUAUUCAGGUGUGGUGCAGCAGAGGCACAUCUAAAAGUUGCAGGCCUGCGGUCCUCGAGGACCAGAGUUUGAGACCCCUGCACGCUAGAAGGAAACAAACGCACCCUGUACAACACUUUCAUUCUAUUGGCUGAGGGGUUGCUAGGCAAUGGUGCAUUUUGUUCCAGAAAAAAGCAGAAAAUGUUUCAUAAGCGAGCAGAGUUCAAACAGAGACUAUCUGAGUGCGAGGAGAAGUUUUGAGUACAAGCAUUACAAGUUUUGAGAAGAAAGACAUGAAGUCCAGCUUCCAAAAUAAAAAUCUAAGCAAAAGUAUUAAAAGUUUUGAGAACAAAAGACAUGAAAUCCUGCUUUCAGACUGAAAAUGUGUGCUCUUGGAUUAUGGAAGAUGGCAAUUAGCCAAUUUAACAAAAGCAGUUUUUAGAAUGUAGUGUUGAGAAGAAAUCUCAUAACGAUUCAAGGAAAUUUAGGUUCCUACAAAAAACAAAAAAAUCACAUAAACGUCUGUCAACAACUAAACUUGGGAUUUCACAUAAUUUGAACAGCCUGAAAAUCAACACUGGCCACCAUCAAGAAAGUCUUCAGAGAAGAGUGCUUAGCUUAGGUGAAUUCCUGAUGUGUCAUGCUGAAAAUGAUGUUGAAACCUUCUCGUGAUGCUACUUAUCGUGAUGGAGAAGUGUGUCAGAUUUUCUUUUCUUUCAUGUUUAAAAAAUGAAAUAAGCAGAUUUUUUGAGGAAAGUUGCUAUUUUUUCUACACACGUAAGAAUAUCCAUUAAGUGGAAAUUCUUAUGGUGAGAUUUUAUGAAGACUUUUCAAACUCAAUUUAAUGAAAAUAGCUGAUUUACGCCUCUGGGCUUAUAUAGUGAGGAAGGAGAGAUCUAAUUUCGGCUUUCUCUGGAAAACUGGUAUUUACAAAUACAUCAGUGUAAAUGAAGAAAUUAAAAAACAUAAAUUUCAGUCAAAUGACAACAGGGUAUUUGGAGAAUUAUUAUUAUUUUACAACUUUUUAAAUUUUAUUCACAAUUGUAUGAUUGUAGCUAUUUUUGGGAGAGCUAUGGCUGUGUUUUAAUUUUAACAAUAUUCACAUUUGUUUUUAGUCAUACACAAGUAAAGUUGACAAACCAUUUCAACCUGGAAAGACUCAAACACACACACACAAAGAGAGAGAGAGUGGUAUUAGAAAGUUUAAUUGACAAAUGAAAGUCUUUGGCGCUCGGACCCAGGAAGAAGACUUGGACUUUCUAAAAAUGAAAGCAGUGUGUUCUAGGUAUGUUCCUGAAAUACAUCCACAGGUGACGGAUGUGCCAUGAUAAUCUCACAGAGGUUUAUAAAGUCAUGAUAUCAUCAUCAGCUCUUUUCCCCUUUGUUUCACCCUCCUGUUAUGUUCUGGGUCAAAUUGACCCGUUUUAAAGUUUACAUUUUUUUAAAAAAUAGUUGGAUUUUUUUUGCAUGAAACUUUUUCUAUUUGUGUUAAUAGGUUCACUCUACAUAUGAAUUGAAAAUUUAUUCAUUUUCCACAUCUGUACCAACCCCUGGGUCUACUUUUUACAUAGAUACUGUUCGGGUAAAUUUGACCCGGCAGUCAAGUUGAAGUGCAAAAAAAGAUUAAAAAAUGUCCAAUUCUAUAUGUUUCCUUGCAGCUAUGACCCAUAUUUCACCUAAAGAGAUAGAAAUCAUUCUGAAUGUAAAUUUCUUAUUUUGAAGACAUCCAUUAAUAAAAAAGACCUAUUCUUUCUCUCAUUAUUUUUAUUUAGAAAAUAGAAAUAGGUUUGGUAAUUCUAAUUGACCUAAAAAGGAGAAGUUAGGUUCAGGCGGUAAUAAUAAUAAUAAUAAUAAUAAUAAUAAUAAUAAUAAUAAUAAUAAUAAUAAUAAUAAUAAUAACAACAGAAAGCCAUGUUUUUUUCUCUCAUCAAUCCUUUUUCUUCCAGCUGUUGGGAAAUAUUUACUGUUUCCAGUAAUGAAGUGACCAAAUAAUCAUAAUGACAGGGUCUUUUCUAGAGUAUUUAUUUCCCUUGUGAGAUACAUUGAAACUGAGUAAUUGAGUACUAGAAUCAUGAGACUCCUGAAAGAUUUCCCCAAGAUGCAGUCAAGGCUGACUCAAUGCUCAGGCUUGAAGGCUGAACUUGACAAAAAAAAAAAAAAAAAAAGUAGAAGUUUCAGAAUUUAGGAUUUUAAGUUUUACACAAAAUAAUAAUUCCUUGGUUUAAUCUCACUGCUGGGGUACACAAUGCUGUAAAUCUCAAUGUUUCUCUAGUCAAAUAAAAAAAAAAAAAUCUGGCAAGUUUGUGUCACGGCAAUGAGGUGUUUUCCUGCUCUUGCUCUCGUUCAUGUGUUUCGUUAAGAAACACUUCACUGACCACAAGAAGGUGAAACUUUUCAAGACAGAAAGAUGGUGAGAAAGAGAGAGAGAGAGAAACAGAGCAAGACGAGCGAGAGAGAGAGAGAGAGAGAGAGAGAGAGAAAGAGUGGGAGGAGAGGGGUAGAAGACAGAAACUGAAAGUAUCUAAAUGAAUAUAAACAGCAGCUGUGGUAAGUGUGAUUUAGUAAACUCGCCAAAGCUGCACAUCACAUCACCCUGAAGAUGCCCAGUUGGUGCGCUUUCUUCCUUCUUUGGUGCAUAAUGAGCUGCGUGGAAUCUGCUCCUUCAUCGCCAUUUGUCCAGAAAAAUAAAUACAAGAACUCAUUUCGUCUCACAAGAUCCACGCGAACCAGGGUGCAGAACCUUCUGAAGAAAUAUAAGGAGCAGCAGAUGGGAAACGUACAUUUCGAGGACCGAAGCCACCGCUUGAGAGAUCUGCCUUUGCUUUCCACCGACUUCAGCAACUGGCUUCAGCUGUCGGACUGGGACCGUCUAGACGGCGCGUUCAGGGACAUCCAGUCCUACUGGAGCAUGCUGGAGAGGAAAAGGAAGCAGCUGGAGAAGGAGCAGAACACACAAAGGACGGCAGCCAGUUUGCUUCAGAGCAUCAAACACAUUCAGCUGGAUUUACGGGACCUGAUGAGCCAAGUCAGCAGUCAGAUGAGAGUUGUAAGGAGUUCCUGGGUCAGACCGACACCUGCUGCAACGCUCCAGAACCGACAGAGGAGCUCCAGAACCGUGUGGGAAAGCACAGUGGAGGGCUACAUCAUUCUCAGGGACUUAAACCUUUACCUCACCAAACUAGCAAGGGACUUUCUUCUGCUGGCCUCCAAGACACACUUGUGACACAAAAGACUGCUUAGACAGAAGACUUAGGACAAAAACUGAACCAUCAGCCCACAGCUAUGGGAUUAACAGCUGUAUAACGUUAAUCUGAACAUUGGAUUACUUUUUUUUCAAUGAUGUACUUCUGAAUAUCCCAGGGCUUUUUGGGGGUAUUUCCCAAAGUUUCUAUCUUUCCUCUAAUUGGAUGUUAGACACAUGUCUCCAACAGACGUCCCAACAUCCUGUUUUUCCGCCGCCGCCUCAGUCUUCAGGACUUUCCAAAGAAGUAUUUGCUAUUUAUUAUUAUUAUAAUAUUUAUUAAUGUGCUAUUUAUUUUUAAAGUGGUUUAUUUGAACAUUACAUGAGUAGAGAAACAGAGUUUUACAGAACGUAUUUUGUACUGAACAGUGUUGUGAAGAGUUUCAAUAAAUGAACUGAGAAAAACA